AUGUCUCAAAAUAAUAAUAUUAUUUAUUUUUUGGUUAUCUUGGUUUUCACAAUUAAUUAUGGUAAUGCAAUAGAUGUCAAAGUUGGAGAUGGUUAUUAUCCGUUUGACCCCUCGAUCGUUGGUGCAUAUUAUGAUGAGCCUAUAGUAUUUAUAAGAAUAGGUAUUAAGACGUUUGUACUCGAUGAAUAUGAUCAUUGUACAAAAUCCGAAAGACCUGAUUCUUUUCAUGCAAUAUUAACGGAUGAACAACCGAACGCUACAUUUAUACCUAAAGAUACCGGAAGAACUGAAUUUAAAAUACACACUAAUGAACCCGGUUGUGGAUUUCAGGAUAUGUGUUUUAUUAGUGCAAGUAAAGACCCACAAGGACCAUUUCCUAAUAAUAAGAAUAACAACAACAACAACAACAACAAUAAUAAUAACAACAACAAUAACAACAACAACAACAACAACAACAAUAAUAAUAAUAAUAGUAAUAAUAAUAACAACAAUAAUAAUACCACUAUUAUAGCUAAUGGAGCCAGCGAUAAUGUUCAAAUACCCACCAUUAUUUGUAAUCGUAGCGUAAUAGUUUUGGCUGUUAUAGGUGUAGUGAUGGCCCAUUUCAUACUCUGAAUCAUCUUUUUAGGUGUAAUACGUAACUUAGAAAGAAAGAAUUAG